GACAAUGCUGCCAUUCUGGAGCGUCUUGAAUGGCAGUCUCUUCUGCAAUCGGUGCUCACUGGUGACGUUUUGACGGGAGAGAAGACAAAGUUGAUCAAACCACUGAAUGAAGUGGAAGGCGAAAGCUACUUGCGCGCCUCAUACAAAGAGGAUCUCUGGAUAGGGAUACGGUCCAAACUUUUUGGUAGAACCGAGGAGGAUCAGAAAAGACUCGUGCAAUAUCAUAGGGGUCUUGUUGAUGAAAUCCUUGAUGAAAUCAUGAAUUUUAGACUUGAAAUGCCGGAAGACAUACAAAAUUCGCCGUAUAUCACACAAGUCAAGUUUGGGUUCGACAAAGUCAAUGAUUUACUUGAUAGGUAUGAACGUUGUCAAGAACUUUGGAGAACACAGAAAGAAAUGGAAAAUGAGAAACCCUUGUGUGGGACGCCUGAAUUUACGUCCCGCUUGCACGCUCUUAUUGCAUGGACCUCCAUUACGUGCGCUAUUCAGCGAGAAUCUGACGUUUUGAGGAAAUGGGUUGGCAACGACGAUCUCGAUAUUCUAAGAUCUCCAGGACCUUCGUCCUCAAAUAGCGAACUCCCUGAACUAGAAUCCCAAGAUGAUCAGGACCACUCGGACAGUGAAACAAGCUCUACCAGGAAUAAGAAUGGAAACAUAUUCAAGGAAGAUCGGUCUUUUGUGGAGAGAAUCAUGAAAGAGAAGGAUAUUGAGGAUCUAUUCAACAAAAGAUUAUUUGCUAGUUGUGCACAUUGGACUUUCAAAGCAAAAGAGUCUUACCUUGAGUAUCAGCAGUAUUUUGAGAAACUGAAUCUACCCUCUUAUGUUGACUCCCUCUUGGUUCUCGCAAUGUUCCCCUCGAAAUUGAUGAAAGAAUUAGUGAACACCAGACUAUCAUACGCCAAAAAACUGAGAAAUCCAACAAUGAUGAUGAUUGACCAAGUCCUUGAAGAUUUCAAGCUGUACAUCACUCUCGCGCUAGAGAUUCGCACAUCAUUCCUGGAGUAUUGUUCUCCUCGUGAAGGCUGGAUAUCGUCGUUGGACUAUCAAGAUGCAGACUUUGACAACGCGAUUUUGGAGUGUGUUCAUCAUUAUUUGCUGUUGUUGAACAGAAAGCUGUUGGAUUCUCCGAAGUCAUCAAAAUCGUUUAGAACAUUCAAAGAGCCGGAAGAGCUUGAACGCGAAUGGUCUUUUCUUCAGAACCUCGGGUUCUAUAUUGAAGGCGGCGCUGCAGAGGUUGCAACUCAGUUUAGCAUAUUAACGUCUAAGCUCGUUGCUAGGCUACAUCAAUACAUGCAACAUCAGUUCCAGGGACCUCCCUACGAUGGUACUCCGUUGGACAAACAUAAAAUGGUGAGAUGGUACACAUCCAUGAUGGAGAACUUCGGUCAACUAAAAAGGAAGUUCUUCCGUUUCCAUGCUAUUCUCAACUUCUAUUUCCAAAAUUCCAUAUUGUACAAUUUGAACGGUGCGCGCAUGAAGAAGUUUUUGGAUAUGCUGAAAGAAAGUAAUCAUGUACUCUAUCACAACGCGCAGUUGGCGGAGGAAGGUGUUUACGUUUUUGCAUCGGAGUCCAUUGCGAGUAAGCCAUAUGAAGUUUCCCGAAUCUUAAAGAGCUCGCACCUCGGUGUGGAUUUCAGCAAAAUACCCAAGAGACACAUGGAAGCAGCAGAUAAUUAUACCUACUAUGCUGAACCUAUUUAUGCUGAAGCUGAAAACUUUGAUGAGGACCAAAAUGAGUUUGAUGAGAGCUAUGAUUAUGUUUUGGUUGUUUAUCCCGCCAAGGCGAUGAUGUGGGAUGGUAUCGUUUUGCCACUGGAUCUCACCUCCUUACCUAUUGGCAAUCUCGACAAAGGAAAAGUUUUGCUGAUUUCUAAAGGUGGCUCUUCUUCCAAAAUUGAUGACUGUGCCAAUUGGUUCAAAGAAUGUGUGGGAAACACUAUAGGCUCCGCUGUUGGCAAGAGAUGCUCCUUGCCAAAAGUGCAAAGAGAACUCCAACUCAUCUCCAAGCAGUUUUUCAGAAUGUCGUGCUUUGUUAUCGAUGCCGUGCCUUCUGUGAGAAAUCAAUGUCGAGGAAUAGAAGAUACGCAAGAGCUCGCAAAUACCGUGUUCACAUACAUUCGGGAUUCAGGUCGCGAUUUCUUGAGAACCUUUGACAAUGCACGAAAAUCUGUACUCAUUUUGAAGCUGUUACAGUUUGCUAUAGAAUGGUUGAGUUUUAUCGUGGAUGAUUGUAUACCCACAGACCCUAAAACAUUCAGAUGGUGUGUCUCUGCUUUGGAGUUUGCGAUGGAUAUAACGACUGGAUUCAACAUUCUAACUUUAGACAGCGAGAAGUUCUACAGAUUGAAGGACAAAGUUGCAGGGUGCAUGUCUCUAUUGAUUUCUCAUUUCGAUAUCAUGGGGGCCAGAACCAAGGAAAUGCAAAAAAAGAGAAUGCUCAAUUACCAUUCCAUCUCAGAAAAAGAUUUAUUCACGCUUGAUGAUGAAAGCCUAAGUUCAUUGAGAGAACACAUCAUGUACCAAAUUGGCCGCCUAGAAGAAGAGAGAAGAUUGCUACAAGUCGAGCAACAAUCUGUUGGCCGUGUCCUGGAUGAUACGGAUACCGAUAACCAAUUCCUGACCUACCUUGCCUCAUCUUUCUCAUCGGUCUCCAUCAGAUGGCAGAAAGGUAAAUUCCUGGGUGGGGGAACAUUUGGUUCAGUUUAUGCAUCAAUUAAUCUGGACACUGGAGGAGCCUUAGCGGUGAAAGAAAUCCGGUUCCAGGAUAGACAGUCUAUCAAAUCCAUUGUGCCGGCCAUUAAGGGUGAGAUGACUGUGUUGGAAAUGUUGUCGCAUCCUAAUAUUGUUCAAUUUUUCGGUGUCGAAGUUCAUCGGGACCGAGUUUACAUUUUCAUGGAGUACUGCAGUGGUGGAUCAUUGGCAAGUUUGUUGGAGUACGGUCGUAUUGAAGACGAAUCGGUGAUUCAACUCUAUACACUUCAGAUGCUCGAAGGUCUUGCGUAUCUCCAUCAGUUUGGUAUUGUGCAUAGAGACAUCAAACCAGAAAACAUACUACUGGACCACAUGGGUGUCAUUAAAUUUGUUGACUUCGGUUCUGCUAAAGUGAUCGCAAUGGCUGCACACGGCAACACCUCAAAUACAACAGGUGGCUCAUCCAGCAGCGGGGGUAAUGGCAGCGGUUCCGGUACUGCCACUUUGAAUUCGAUCCUCCAUUCCGGCCGCAAAACACAAGCGUUGACUGGUACGCCGAUGUACAUGUCGCCGGAAACAAUCAGGGGAGAAACGAUAGGCAAGUUUGGUGCCAUUGAUAUCUGGUCAUUGGGUUGCUGCUUACUGGAAAUGGCCACUGGAAGACGACCAUGGGCUAAUCUGGACAACGAAUUUGCUGUCAUGUAUCAUAUUGCUGCAGGACAUCUCCCUCAAUUCCCAAGCAACGACCAAUUAAGCAUUCAAGGACAGCACUUCCUGGCGAAGUGUCUGGAUAUUGAUCCAACAAAGCGUCUCACUGCAGUGGAGCUUCUACAAGAUCCAUGGAUUCAAGCUAUCCGGAAUGAAGCGUUCAGUGACUCGAGCAACAGCUCUACU